CAUUUUCGCGAACAAGAGAAUUGCACACCGUAAUCGUUGAGGAGAAUUCGGUGCGGGGCAGUCCACAUAAGACGAGAGGUGCGGUGUUCGCUGGUGCAUGGUGUAUUGUGGUGCGAUAACGGCGACUCCGCGACGGACGGUCUGUCGAGAAAAUUCAAAUCGGAUGUGCGCUGGUGUCCCACUGUUUACUCACUCUGUCCACCGCAUACAGUGUUAGGCAGAUGAAAAAGAUCGUGCUAUGUAACAGGAAUAAUCGCGAAUAUACGAUAUGAUAUCGACUAACGACGAACGACGCCGUAUCGUAGCUAAGUCGCUCGGUUCUAUCGAGCGUAGUAGCUUCGUCCUCGGACAGUAAACAAAAGUGACAGCGUGUGUGGAUACCGUUCGGUCAUGCCUCCCGUCUCGUCGGUGACUGUCGACAGUAUUUGACGUGUUGUUCUUCUCGAGUCCCCGAAUUCCCUCACGUGGUUCAAGGUCUUCUAAAAUCAUCCUAACGCCACGCUGCCAACCAGACCCAGCGAGUUUCACGCCACUUUCGCGAUCGAAUGGAUCUCGAGCGUGUUGUUUCUCACUGACAGCAACAUUGACCGCGCUUUUCCCGGUUAUCGGUCGCGUUCUCGUGUCUUCUUCAAGGACUUUCGUUCCCGGAUUUUUCGACACGAAGGACAAGCAACAUCUUCACGAAGCUUCGGAAAGAAAAGAAAAGAAAAAAACAUACACCUAAAUCGGAUACAUCGUUUCCAUUACUGCAGAUUUCUUCCAGGAAAGCCAAAGUCUCCUCCCGUGUUUCGAGGGCGCUCGAAGAGGAGAGAGAUGUGCCAAGUUUCGUCGUUGCGGACGUUCCAUGUGCUUCUCGAGUUCAUCGACGCCGACCGCUUGCCGCACUGCGUCCUCUGCUAGGACCAUGUCCUAAUCCCGACGUUUUAUUCCGCGGAGCGUGAUACCAUUGCCAAACAGAACAGGAUAUAGGAUCUAUAUAUACGUAUACAGUCAGUGUGACGAAGUUAAAUGUGAUCCACGAGAUGCCGGGCCACCGCGUCAAGGACGUGCCUCGUCUUCUCGCGAGUCUUCCUGAUCGAGCAUACACGACCUCGUUCGUUGGUUGAGCAACGAACGAGAGAGAAAGAGAGACAAGACUGAUCCACCGUGUGAUGCAGCGUACAGAGGCGACGAACUUCCGUCCCGACACAAGCUGCUCGAUAUUCUCGCAAUAACGGCGAAAAAUGUUCGGCAAAGUUCCACCGUCGAACACACCAGGACCACCAGCGAGCCUCGGUGGCUCGUCCAAGUCCUGUAUCAGGCCCACUGGGACCGCCUGUUUGCCGUGUUUCUCCGUCGACGAGUCCUCAACUAUGCUCACCGAGGAGAAGUCCAAGCCUUGGAGACAAAAGGACACCUGCGUCUCUGUGGUGUCAGAGGCACCUUCUACGGGGAUAGACGAGAAGCAGAAACCAUGGAGAUCGAAGGAGAAUUGUAACUGUUCUUCUGUGAUCUCCGAACCACCUUGUAUCGCGGACGACAAGUCGAAGGCGAAGAGAGCGAAGGAAGGAUCGUGUAGUACGAACGAGUACACUACGGAGGAGAAGUCUAAAUCGUGGAGGAUGAAGGAGAACUGUAACGUGUGCGUGGUCUCCGAGCUGUCUUCCCUCGUCGAGGACAAAUCGAAAGUGAGGAGAAGCAAAGAUACCGCCGAGCAGGUAACGGAGGAUAAAUCGAAGAUUUGGAGAGUCUCGAAGGACUCGUGUACCAGUAGCGGUAGUAGUUGUACGCCUAAUUUUUCACAGUCAUCCGCCGCGUUCGUCUGUUCGAAGAACUGCUGCACGAAAUACGCGGCGAAGGAAGCGUGUUGCAGCCACGGAAGGGGUCACACGGGUCUAGGAUCAAAAACGAGCAACGUUUCAACCAGUUCAGCCACCCAUAAAUGCUCGUCGAACUCUAACUGUUCAAGCUUCGGGAAAUGUUCGAGCAGCAUGUCAGCUGGCGCGACGAAAUCUCAACGGGUACUUUGUUCCGCUAGUCUGAGCAGCUUGAACGUCGACCCCAGCUCGAGGGAGCCGUCGAAGCUCGCGAAAAAGCAUCCUGGAUUGAGUCGAGAGUUUCUCGCGGGUAAAGAGCAGCAUUUACCCGCAGGAGGAAGGUGCUCUGUGUCGCGUGAGACGCAUAGAAGCAUCGCGCAGGCGGGCAAAUCUUCCACGAGGUCUUCCGACGCAGUGUCGAACGGGAAGAGUCGACCCGUUUCAGAGUCGAGCGACGAGCUCGCAGACUCGAUGGAUUUUUCCACGAUUUCUGUCAUCCAGUCGACUGGUGAAUCCUGUCAGAAAUCGUCUACCAAGCCUUCCUCUUCUUCUUCUUCUUCUUCCUCUUCUUCUUCGUACAGUCAAGAGGACAAAGAUACCGUGGAUUCGGUGGUGGUUUCUGUACCAUCUUCGUCGAGUAGCUGCGAACGAAAUUGCAGAGGAGACUUCGCCACAUCCACACCGUCCAAGGACUGGAUGAAAAAUACUGGCGACGCGUUGCAGCAGAGUUGCAUUUCCUGUCUGCCGCAAGAUCUUCCAACAGAGCUACAGUUGUCUUCGCCUAGGAGUUAUAGAGAACGGGAAAAGUGCCGUGAUCCAUGGCGACCCACCGAAAUGGAAAGCAAUAUCUGCAACCUGAAUGUGUGUCCUGGUGAUACGUAUCAGGAUACCGGUACGAAAAGGAGGACAGGUGCUUCCUGCCAGGCGUUGAGGCAUGCUGUUGCGUCGUUGAACCGAUUGGAUGACUUUUACAUGGAGAAGAUCGGGGCCGGAUUUUUCUCGGAGGUCUUCAAGGUUACUCACAAAGUGACGAGUCAGGUGAUGGUCCUGAAGAUGAACCAGCUGCCCGCAAACAGGCCAAACAUGCUGAAGGAGGUUCAGCUGAUGAACAAGCUCAGCCAUCCGAACAUACUCAGGUUCAUGGGAGUGUGCGUGCACGAGGGUCAACUGCACGCCCUGACCGAGUACAUAAACGGCGGUAGCCUGGAGCAGCUGAUCCUGUCGAGGUCUACGCCGCUUCCUCAUUUGAUCAGGAUGAACCUGGCGAGGGACGUUGCCAGAGGGAUGACCUAUCUUCACAGCCGUGGACUCUUUCAUCGGGACUUGACGUCGAAGAACGUGUUGAUUAAAAAAGACGAGAACACGUCGGAGUUGACCGCUGUGGUCGGUGAUUUUGGCUUGGCAGCUAAGAUCCCCGAUCCGAGCUCAGGCUACAGACUGAGCACGGUGGGCAGUCCUUAUUGGAUGUCGCCGGAGUGUUUGAAGGGUCAGUGGUACGAUCACAGGUCGGACAUAUUCUCGUUCGGCAUCGUGGUCUGCGAGCUGAUCGGCCGCGUGCCCGCCGAUCCGGACGUUCUGCCACGGUCAGAUAACUUUGGCCUCGAUUACAUGGCCGUGGCAGAGAUCUGCGCGGCAGCUGAUCCACCGGCUUUUCUGCAGCUCGCCUUUCAUUGUUGCACGUACGAGCCAAAAUCGAGACCGACCUUCCCGGAGAUCACCUCCAGGCUAGAGACUAUGAUCAGCAACUACGAGGAGGAGACGAAGAACAACAUAGGCAAGCGUCAGUCUGUCGAUCCUGCUCUGAUGUCCAGCAUGGACGAGAUCACUCGGGAACCACGGUCUACGAAACGAAAGACUGCUCGUCUCCGGAGUCAAUCGGCGGACGCGAGAGGCUGCGACAACGCGACACCUUCCGACAAGGCGAGGUGUCAUUCCGCGAGGAGAGUGGCUGAGUUAGCUAGCAGAAGGGAUCCACACUACAGGCCAAUGACGGCGAAUCCUUUCCACGCGCUCGGCGGCGUGAAGAAAAUUCUCGGGGACCUGUUCUCCAGUUGUUUGGAGCUUCCGUCGCUGGAGGAUGUCAGGCCGAGUGUUACAGAUGCCAUCUCGAAGAUGAAGCCGGCGCAGAACGACAGCAUCGCGAAGAUCUUGGACAGGAAGAAGCCUAACUCGGAGCCGAGCAGUCCUACCGCCAGGAAAAAAUGGGAGAGAAAGGUUGCCACGAAGGUAGGCGCCGCCUGCUUGUUCACUCAUCCGCUUUUCCGGGACGGAUGGGAGCCAAGAAGGCGCGGCAGCUGCGAAUCUGGCUUUUGGAGCUGCGUCGGCGAGGAUCUCAGCCCGGAGCCGCCCAAUCGUCGACACACCUCUACUCUGAGCAGCUCCGCUGCGAGUAGCCUCUUCCUCUUGGACGAUCAUCGAACAAGCUCGAUCUACACCGACUCGUCCGAGGAUAUCGCGAGCUUAGGCGGCGGUGACUCCUGUUGGGAGGAUAGAUUAAGCGGCAUCGGGUCUUCCAGUAAAACUAUAUCCAAGAUCGUCGAGUACUUCGAGAGGAAGCAAGCCGGCAGCUUACGUCUCGCGGAUCACGAUGCCGGUUCUAGUAGAUUAACGUUGUUGAAGGCAAGCUUAGAGGGUCCUGUACCGUUGUGCAGCAUCUCAGCGGCGCAGAGGUUAGUCGUUUGCGAGGGUGCAGUGCGCAGCAAAUUGCCCCUGUUUGACAAAAAGUGAUACGCGUCACUUGCACGUCGUAGAAUUCGUUCCUUUAGGUCGUUUCUUGGUUUUCUGCCGAUAUUUCUGGGCCGCGCGACCACGAGACGCGCGGAGGCGCCUGCACGAAGAAGAAACGCUUCGACGUGAGUUGUUCCGCGACGAGAGCGAGAUGUGUGACAGAGGGAUGUUGAAGGGGAAGGGCAGCGAUUGGAAAAACUCCGUUCAGUCGAUAAGGAAAGUAGGGUCGAACGAUGAUGAAUAUGGUCGCGCGAGAAGGAAAAGCUUGGAUGGAAUGGAAGAACGAUUAUAUUUUUAUCGAACUUGGCGAAGAAGAGAGAGAGAGGGAGGAGCGGGGAUGAUAUUGUGUACGAGAGACGACGGGAGGCGACUUGCGGUACGGAGUUCGGUGAAAAUAUAGUCAAGUACGUAUUCUCAGCGGACGCUUCACUAAAAUCUAGUAACCCGACUGUGAUGUUUUUUGAUAAUCUACAUACAUUAAUGAAACCCAUACGACUAUGUUCGACGUAGAAGCUGUCGGCGUGAGUUCGUCCUUAGCGCGCGACGAUCGUUCGGCGUUUUUUCACCGCGUUAGUGCACUUUAACGAGAGAAAAGAAAUAAUAAUACUUUAUAUACUUCGACGCAAUAGCAGAUAAAUUUUAAACAAGAUUUUUUCACUUUUAGAUACGCCAGAGAGUACACACACGUCAAUAGUAUUUCGCGCGGAAAUAGAACGUUUCUUGCGUUGUAGUUUCGGGGAUACUUAAGGAUUUUUCAAGCGCCGAUUACACGAUUUAGAAGAAAACAAGAAAAUUCAUGAAAAAUAAUUUAAAAAAAAGAGAAGCAAAACUUAACGUUUCAACGGGAUUGAAAGAGAGGAACGACAGAAAAAGUUUCAGUUUCGAGACUGCGGCAAUCGAAUGCCAGUAGAAAACGCUGCUCAUGUUCUUACCUUUUGCAGUGCCUCGCAGUUCCUAGUUAGCCACCUCCGUCCUUUAUCCACGUCAACCGACUUUUUACCGAUCACUGUGACACCACGAUCAUGGAGAAAUCGAAAGGUGAAUUUUACCGGUUGUAUAUUCAGCUCUACGUUCGAAAACGAUUUUUUAAUGCGUUACUGUUCCCAAACAAUCGUCUCCUCUUUGCUUGGUUCGUGUUUCUACGCGUUACUUUUACGGCGCCGGAUAUCGGAGUUGACAUUGUUCACGAGACUCUUGCGAUAUAGAAACGAGAGGAUGUCGAGGUAGACACCCGAAAAUUACGACGAUGUACACACAACGGAAGG